GUGAGCAGCUUCGGUUUGCACGCAUGUAUCAUCCCAUCCCGUUGUCACUGCCUUUGCUUCUUCGCUUUUGUCCGAACGACCCAAUGGACUGUGUUUCUUUUUACAAACGAACUAGGCGAAAAAAUCCAGAUCGCGAUCUGGCUUAGAGCAAUCGCGCGAUGGAACGAAGAUCGAAACACGCGAAGAAACUGUACCGAUCGACUGGUUGACGUUUUUCGAUAGAUAUCGGCUGCGUUCGCGUUCUUAUUUUUUUUUUUUUAUUCGAACCGGCUUUUAUCCGAUCGAAAAGCAGAGCAUUAGAUAGACGAUGGCGUUUCCUCGAGGUGACCUUCUCUGUUCCGCGGUGGUCGGAUAUCGGAUUAAAAUACACGCUUACGAAAGGAUAAUGAGUCUGGAAGGCGGCGACAAAAAACUGCGAACUCUAGAGGAUUUUCCAGGAACAAUUUGCUUGUCCUUCCUCGCAGUUCCGUAGCAUCGGACGAUUAGAUUAUCCUGUACGAACGCUGCGAAUCCCACGCACACUUUUGCCCUUCCAUUUGGGGUUGGAACGAUUUCCUAGCCGCUGGAACGGCUAAUUGGCAGCGUCCGGCCAUUAUCACGAGUCUUCUUAAUUUACGGAACUGAAUUUUGCCGUUAUAAAUGCCGGUUCGCGACUAUCAACUCAUCUAUACCGGCUAAUUUUACGAGGAAAUUUAAUGGAGAAUCGGAGGAGCGGAAGCGCGUUUUCACAGAAGGGAAUGGCUAAGGGUGGAUAGAGUCGCAUACAUUUCGUCCCGAAUAGUUUUACCUUGCGACUUACAGAUAACAUCUUUGCGUUAACGCGAACGUGACGUUUUUCGGAGGAAAUUAAAUGGCGAGUCAUCGCGUGCAGCGUACAGUCCUCCUGUCAUGCCAAAUAUCAGCCGUAAUUACUUUUAUUCAGGAAGAAACGCAUUUACCAUGUUUUAAGAAGUUCAUGGGCCAUGGAACAUCCUCCAGAUGCAUAUUCGAUUACCAAUCCGCCAAUUACCGGUACGUUCGUUCGAGUACUCCUACUUUUCUCUAUGAUGCACCUUUCAAGGUCGAAAGUGGAAAAUCGCACGACCAAUUAUAGCAUUCGUCUUGAAAGUGCUUUCCAUCGAUCUCCAUUUUUACACGGUUUUAUAUCCUCUCUUGCUCCAUAUUUUAUCUCGUUCUUAUCCAAACAUCGUGCCAUUGCUCCGAGCUCAUCGAUUCGAAAGAUUCGAUUUACCGACUAAUUUUCCUUCGUAAUUUUUGCCACGAUAAUAGCCUAGUAUAUCGAGUCAUUCGCAAACUCUGACGAACUAUGUAAAUUCAUCGAGUAAGGUGAAUGGCUGUGACGGACGUGGGUGGUUUUUAUCACGUCGACCUUUUUUUCCGCAAAGCCGGUGUUAAAGCAGUGCGUGACUGUGAUUCGGUUCUUAUCGCCCGAUCUUUGUUCGCAAAUUUAAUUACUUUUUUAAGCGAACGUUUGCCAAGAAUAUCUUUCCAUGUUUCGUUGUGUGUUCCAGUAGCGGAUAAGAUUCAGAGGUGCAGGAAUUGCUUAAAAAUUGCACAGGCUACGCGUCAAAGUACAAGUACUUUUUAGCGUGAUUUCACACGACAGAAGUUUCGUAUUGUUAUGUAACGUAAUGCACGUUGAUUUUCGCUAAUUGCUGUGCUCUGGUAUUUUAUCUUGCGAGAUUUCAAGCGUUUUAUGUCGUCAGGUUCGGAUUGAGAAAAGAAAAUUGCCAGUGUUAAACCCUUGAGUAUCAUUGGCAUGUUGAAACUCAUUAGGAAAAUUAUCCGAGCUGCAGUUGGAAACCGACUUGCCGGAGGUACUACGACCCUUUUCCCUUAUUGCUUUUUUCUUUAGAAAUUCAACGUUUGUUUGUACAAAUUCCGAAACACGUUGAAAAAUGCCGUAUAGAAUAUGUAUAUGAAGCACUAUGUAAACGACGUAGGAGCGAGCGUUUGUAGCGUUAGCUGUAAUACGCGACAUCGAGUUCUAUUUCGAUAAUAGACAAAGUGAUCGUGAUUUUGUUCGAUCUGUGCUUUUCGCGGUCGCAAUAUAGACAUCGUCAUUACGAUGGCUUACGAGGAAAGAGUAUCUGAUUGAUCUCCCCUUUCCUCCGUACUUUGAUCUUCCCAACGUACCGUGUAUUUCGGCGUCUUACCGUUUCAUCUUCGUAAGAGAUACAGAAGAGAGACCCUUAUUUAGUGGAUUCGGUUAAUGUUUCCCGUUGCAAGGAGCAACGACGAGCGAACGCUAGCUAGAAAGAUUGCUUUUGUAGGUUCGUUCGCCUUGCUGCGCGGCCAAGGAAUUUAGAGAGUCACGGAUGUAAUUUUUAUUCAUUUCCAAGGGAACUUAAUACCAGAACUGCUGCAAAGGGAUUCCAAAGGUUUUGUGCUCGUUCGACUGUGGUUUAGUCGGAUCUUUUGUUAUAUUGCCCCUUGCUGUUUCGUGUUUGUUCUUUUAUUUCGGUUAAUAGGAAUACUCGGCAUAGUCCUUAGCGAGUAAAACAAAGGCGCCAUGAAGCAUCCUUCCUCCGAAGAGUUUCUAAUAACGUCUGGUUUAAAGGGAUUCGAACGAAUACAUACCUACGUAUAAAUUAAAGAUUGAAUGGCAUGACAUUUUUAUUUCGUGUCAGCGGUGCGAGACUAACGGCGCGAUGAGAAAUUCUCGAAUGGAGGAAAACCGGCGAAUGAAGCACGCGCGUGUGAGAACAAAGGACGACGCGAUAUUGGAUAGAGCAUAAACGAGAAGGGAAGUUAUGGCGGUCUCAAUUAGUACAAAUAAAACGUUCCGAGCUAGCUAAUAUUAUUUAUCGCUCGCUCGGAUGCCUCUGCACGUCGUAUAAAAGCGAGAACACGGAAACCCAUUAUAAUGAAAUUAACAAAUUACCCGUCGUCCAGCGCCUCGACCUCUGCUCCUGCCAGCGAACCCGUACCACCGAAUCCCUACGAGUAUCGUCUGUUUUCAUCCUCUCGCGAAAACCACCCCAUCUCGAUUUUCCCUUCUCCCUUCUACCCUUCUCUUCUCUUCCUUUCCCUUCUCUUCCCUCCUCUUCUCUUUUCUUCUCUUCUCUUCUCUUCUCGCAUCACGCGAAAGACAGCCUAUACAAUUCAGCUGAUCCCGUUUCCGUUACUCCGCUUCUUGUGCAUUAAUUCCAUUCUCCGUUAGCACGACUGGGGUCUCAUUCAGACAGGAAUUUCCUAUCUGUGUGGAGGGAGCCUAUGCUUCUCCGACGCCGACGCUACCGCGUAGUAAUCACUGGAAUUGCUACUACUUUAUUCGAGCGCUUGCCCCUUUCGUCACGCGAUACACGCGAUUAAAAGCAACUUCUACUCCGUAGAAAAGUUUUCCCUCGUUUCUUUUUCUUCGACGAUUCCUCGAUCGAUCGGACGAUUUAUAAAUUUUUCUCGCUGAAUCAGCCGCGCAAACGCCGACCCGAGACUAACGUUGUCACGCUUUCUAACUAAUUCAAAGUUACGAAUCGGUCUGCCGUACGCCGCUUCUUUCUCCGUUUCCAGUGUUUACAGAUGGGAUCGUACGUAGGGAAAUUUUCAAUUAUGCACAUUUUGCUCGAUGUAGUCGGCGUUCACGCGUGACACGUCGCAGAAACGCGAGAUGGGGGGUGAAGCGAGUGGAUCCAGGGGUCGUCGGUGGAUGAAGGGGUGAAGAAGGGCGGAAGAGGUGAGGGAGGAUGGAGGAGGUGGACGGGGAGGGGGAUGUCGGUUUUUGGGAGGGUGCGGGUUCGGUGCAGAGACAAUAGUAGGCGGACAAAAGCGUGAUAUACGACGACCCCCGGAGCAGUGGUAUUAAAAUCAUAUUUUUAAGUCCUCCAUCCUACCCCUGGACCUACCGCGAGCGCCGUACUCUUCGUUGCUACCAACUCUGUCCCCUCGUUUCAUGCUGAACCACAAAAUGGCGGUGGAUGGGUGGUGUCUCUGUGGGACUGACGAUGCUCCUGGAUUUAAUUGGAUUCGUUGGCUGUAAUUAAUGCAGCUCCAUCGGCCGUGGAAAGGUACCCGUUUCAGGAUUUUGAUUUCUUUUAACGUCGCCGUUGCCCGGCCACUCUCAUCUCCGAUAUUAUUUUUGCAGGCUUAGGUGUACGAUUGCUCGUAGCGGCGAAGACAAUCGUUCAUAGAAACGGUUAAACGUUAAUCGAAUUCCUUUGACUGGGAAUCGAUCGUUCAUUAACGUCGAUCGCUAAUCUCGUCAAAGUCGGCAAAAAAAAAGAGGAAGAAGUCGUGACGGAUAAAAAGUUGCAGGCUAUAUCAAAGGUUGGAGAAGCAGCACAUUUUCAUUUGAAAUUCCGUGUAUCUCCGGAGAAUCUCGAAUCGGCGGGUUAUUCAGCCUCCAGUCUGAUUUAAAGUCCUUCGAAAGGGAUGAUAUACGGGCCUGAAUGUAUGUACCUUCGCAUUUACACGCAGGCACGCGUGAAAUGAAUAUCUCCUUCCUAACCCGCGACCCACCGCAGACGUAUAUAUUUCAUCUUGCUAUCACUAUUUCAGAGAGAUGACUUGCUUUUUCCUUCCCGCUUCAAAGGAUUCUCUGGCUUACUUUUCUGCUAGAUACGGUCGUUAACUUGGAUACCACCUGCCGCUUGCUGCAUUAUUUUUGAAAAUUCGUUAGCGAUCUAGAGGAGGAACGAACGAGCGGAUCGACGCGUAGUUGUUUCGCUUUCUUUUUUACUAAAAGUUUAACGUCGCUGAAAAAUGAAUAUCUAAAAGUAAACGCGUAUUACCCCGAUAAACCGCGAUAAACCGUGCGAAGCCUCGGAUCUCCAAGUGAUCUUAAAUUAAACGAAGAACGCGUAAGAUACGAGAAUCUGUAAAGAUCUCAAGAUCUUUGAAAAAUGGACCGAGAACUUUGGAAAAAAGAAUUCACGCGUUAACUCGUGAUUUCGAGUACGCGUUCUAGUCUAUUCAACCAAUGAUGAGUGUCAAGUAUUUUCUUACUUUAGUUCGCGUCCACUCGAAACAGAUAUUUUUUCGCGAUUCACACGCGUCAGAAAAAAGAAGUGACAAAACGAUGCGGCCGCGUUCAAACGUUGCACGCGUACUCCAGCCACUCCGGAUGCACUUCAUUAGAACUUUUAAAUCUCGUUUCGUGUCGUCGUCCGCGGAAUAACUCGUGCGACGACCGAGUUUCGAAACAGCGAGAUGAAUUUGCUGGUCCCUUGAACGCCGUUAUACGUACGCCAGUCGCUGGUUCCCCGCUGUUACCUCUGCACGGUCUCUUGCCCGAGUACUCUACAUUUUCUUUGCUACUUUAUCAUCGCUGAUAGUCCUUACCGCCAAGGUUAGCAGGUAGCCUACGAAUACGCGAACUAUCAAUAAAUUAUCCGAUUUUACGAGCACUCGGGUGCAAGUACUUUGUCGCUAUGGUAAAUUUGUUCGUAUUCCUUUUUUCUCCAGUUUUCUUUCCAUCGAGUAAGUUUAAUUGUUAGAGCGAUCGAUUUACGAGCAGACAUCGAUGUAACAUUUCAAUUCCAGGCGAAAUCUUAGGAUUUGUCAACGUGUCACGGAAGAGAAACGCGCAUUUUUCAACGACCAACCGGGACGAGAUAUCUCCCUGUAGAGUUGCUCCCUUUUUUACGAGGCUCUCUUUCGUGUCAACGCUAUCGGUGCGAGUUUUCACUCGGAACGAAUGGAAUAAGGGAUUCGCGUUUGGUUUUGUCGCGUGUAACGAACAACGGUACGGUGCUUUGUUCGACAUUUUCCAGUCCCAUCGUUGGAACGCGUGCGUCGUCACGUUGCGACGUUCGGCCGAGACAAGAAAAUCGAAGAAAGCCGAGUCGCUAGAAUUGGCGACUGUUGGAAGUCGAAGAAAGCGCGACCCGGGUAAGACCGAUCUCUUUCUAAGAAACUGGAAGACGAAUAGGAACGGGCAACAAGUUGGAAGCGAGCGCGUUACGAACGUUUGAAAUUCGCGAAGAAUUGGCCCCAGAGAGUGGAGAAGCGGCAAUUAGAAUCUCGGAGAAGGGUGGACAGCGAGAUGCCAGUCGUUUAGCCAAGGCAUUUUCGCAUUACACGGACCAUUAGGAGUUACUUGGCGAGGUUGCCUUUCGGAAAAACGUUCCACUUUGUAUAAUGGUCGGCCGAAAGGAACAGGAAGUUCCGUUGUAUACGUUUACUGCCGGGCAAAGGUACUCACGCGUUCGCCGACUAUUUCAUUUUAAAGUCAAAACGUCGUGCCUAGUCGGAGCUCCGAACAUCGUAAGAGGGUUGCUAUACUAUUAUAACUUUGUAAUGGCCUACUAGCGCGUACUUUGCCCUGGAUAUUGCCUUAAAGGGCGCAACCGUGAAACGUCCCCUUCGUAAAUUUAACUUUCAAACACGUCGCCCGACAUUGGUCCCCGCUAGUGCACUAUCGCGUUUUUCAUGUACUUCCAUCCAGCUUUCUUCCGCGUUCUUUCUUGUCCUCUCUCUCUCUCUCUCUUUGUCGUUUCGCGGUCCGGAUUAUGGUAAUGAUCACCGACUUUUAUUUGCCAUCAUGUCCGCGAAACUGCCUCGUCGAUUAAUCAUCUCGCACGAGAUACGACUUUCGUCUUGAGGUAUCGCGCGUUUAUCACGCGCGUUCUAGAUAAACCGAUGCUAACGAUGCACCGGCGGAAAACCACGAGAACUUAAUUCAGUAUUUUAUUCGAACGUUCUUCUUUCUUCUUUUCUUUUGGGCAACUCGACAAGCGUUCUUUUUACCGAAAGGAAAACGUCGCGAUUUUAAGCGCGUUUAUACACACACUUAUACAGACGCUUAUCGUAAGUUUACCUUUAGACGAAAACGACUAUAGGUAGGGACAUUUUCCAAAGUAUUCGCUGCACCGGGAAACUUAUCGACGAGUUCCGUGUCUCGAUAGUUCCACAUAUAGCUUAAAUUAUUCGCAGACUUCUCUUUUCACUCGGUCCAUAACAUGACGAUGCAAGUUUCCAACCGAGAAAGAAGGUCAGUAGUACUUAACGCUUAAUUUGUCGAGUAGUCACGAGGACUUGCACGAUGUGAUUAAACUUUCAACGAUAGAAGGGUCUGAGCCGCGUACAAUGUCCGGCUUCUUUCAAAGUUCGCCCCAUCGGCAUAUCCUAAUCGGCCUGGACCGGCUUCUUUCCAUCGCUUCUCCUUAACUGUAUUCAUACGGCAGCAUGAAUACGGACCAAAUCGAAGAGAGAAAACGGUCGACGACUUCGGGAAAUGUCGGUCGCUUCGAAACGACCACGGUACGGACUUGAGAUCUUUGGAAGCGAACGUUGGUUCUCACAGCGUCCAUGGAAAUCGGUAACGAAGGACGUACUCGAGAUUUCCGAGUAAUUCCAAUUUAUGGCGUCGCGUUGUCGCAAAUCAUAAGCGCGGCCGGACGUUAGCACGCACCACUGCGGAAACGCUUCGCAUAAUGGUCGUUCGAUCUUUGGAUUACGAUCCAACAGAAAUGUUACAUCGGUUCGUUCGAUGUCCUUGCGAGUUACAUUUUCCGCUCGAUAUACCUGUACUAGAUGUUCUUCUCGCCGAUCGAUCUCCAUAGAGAUUUCCAUGUAUCGUCGUCGCUCUGGUAGAUAUUUUAUUGCUGGUUGUAAACCGUGUAUCGGUUGUACCGGUUCUAAGAGUUGUUCUCCAAAGGAAUUUUUCUCUUUGUCGUCUCUCGAGCUUCUGCAGAAGAGGCGAAUGUUGGUUCGUUCGGCGAUACUGUUCGAAAGAAUUCACGAAUUGCGAAUGAAACGGAAGAUAAUCUCCGAGCAAAGUAGAAAGGAAAACGUUGUUUCGUCGAGGACAGCCGCUGGACGAAUCUAUCGAUUGUUGGGUGCUCCUUUCCUCGAACAUUCUUGGCUAGCUAGGAGUAGAACGAAUUGUUGGCGGAACGCCAGAAGGCCAAGCGAGAACGCUCGCCCAGGUGGAAGCAGAAGGUAGCGUGGUACCUCGAGCAAGAUUCCGGGCAAAAAGUUAAGGGAUAAAAAAAGAAAGCAGCGAAGAGGGGGAAAGAGCGGGGCAGGAGGUGGAACGGAGAGAGUAGACGACCACGAAAUAUUUGUCAAUCGCAAAGCCAGGAAGACCGGUCGGGAAAGUCGAUUUAACGCCCGUUAAGGAAGCAAUUCCUUUAAGAAGGACGAACGACGGAGCAAUGGUGGUGCGACCCGGGGAUGCUCGACCUUCCUGGACUUACGACCUUUCACCGGAGAAUCGCUUCCGUCCGCCAUUAUCGGCGGACGAAUGGAACAUCAAUAACCAAUUUCGUAAGACUAAUAUCGCGAAAAUUAGUUUCCUGAGGUCCCUUUUCCUUCGUGCUUCGUUCCUUACACUCUCUCACUCUCUCUCUCUCUCUCUCUCUCUAUCUAUAGCUUCGUUAAAAGGUCUAUGACCUACUCGCCGUUCAUGCUUUUCUUAAUGUCCAGCCAUCGAGCGAAAGCGAUCGUGAAUCUCCCUUUAUCGUCUCGCAAUACCCGUUUCCGGCCAUAUUUUCUUUUUUUUAUCGCGCACGCUCGCCGUCGCACCGAAGAAACGAUAAUAUACCUUUUAAUCCGUGUCACCCAGAUUUACCCGGUGAAAUAUCUACCUGGACGAGUUCGAAUUCCGCCUAAAUGCUUUCUGAACGAUCCUCCGAAAAUCGGUCAUUUCCACUUUCCUAUGUUCGCGUUGCUCUACACGCCGUCUCUCGCCGAAUCUUUUAUUUUUCGUCGACGAAUUCGCGACAACAGCGGUCCUUCCUUUUCAUCUGGAUCGAAGACACGUAUCCGAAAAUUCUGACGAAAACGAUUCUUCGAAAGGCUACUAGUCGAUAGUGUUGAAAACUUUGCUGCGCGCUAUCAAACGCGUCGAUUAAUUAUUCACCUUGAUAACGUCGGACGAUGAUCUUCUCAGAACUUUGUACUCGCAGUCGGUAAAAGUACAUAGAUAUCUCUAGAUAAUUUUAUUUUCCUUCGAGUACCGCGCUUUGCCAGCAAUUUCUUCAAUUACACAGGGCUUCCACUUAAUUAUAAAUUAAUUGUUCGCCGAGUUAUGGCUCGAUUUUUACUCCUCUUUUCGACCUAAUUACCAGAAGGCCUUGAAGAGCUCCGAAACUCACCCGUUCUUUCCCUUCGUACACCGGUUUUUCUCCGUCGUUUUUGCCUUUCGUUCCGGUUUCCCACCCUUUCUUGCCCUCGCGGUAUCCAACUACCAUUUCGCCAGUGUAUCUCGAACUUCCCUUUAACGAGAAACCACUGUACCUUUCGUAACGUCACCUUUUUGCCCGGAAUCAUGGCGUUUCGAUGUUUCUUUUCACAGCGAGGAAAUUUCCAGGCCAACGAGGGUGCAUUCGACCAGUGAAUUUUCCGGUUUUCCCUUUGCGGCAAACGUCGAUAGGCGUGUAAGAAGUCUCUUUUUCUCCCUCUCUCUCUGUCUCUGUCUCUGUCUCUGUCUCUCUAUCUCCCCCUUUGCACGUGUUUCGUCGACCGCAUUAAUUAUUUUGUCGAAAUUUACAUUCGCCCCGGUGUAGUGGGUGAAAUUCGGUGGAGAAAAGGAGGGUAACACGGUAACCGUUGGCGUGUCGAAUUCACCAGCGCGAUAGACAAGCAAAGCGAUAGACAAAAGGUCGUGCUUAUCGAGCAAAUUUGAUCAAUCGGCAAUUUCACUCGGUCUAUCGGGGACGAUAUUUGACGCGAUUCCGUCUCGAUUUCUUUUUAUCGAUCCGGUAUAAAGGCUAUAAAACGAGAUGCUGGGAAUGUUAAAGUUGAUUUAUUAACGUUUGAUUUAUUUCCCAAUCGAUCGGAACGAAUGCAUUUACCCUGGCGAGGCAAGAUAGCUGGGCUCACCAACCUGCGCCGCGAUCAACCUUUUCAUUUCGUACCCUCCUCUGCUUUCUCCUCUCUCAUCCGCUUCUCCCAUUCCCCCUUUCCCUUUCGUCGUUUUUUUUUCUUAACAAGAAUUCCACCGUUUAAGUGCCAUAUUUUUCGUGCGAGCUGUAAGAGCGCCGGGUGUCUAUUAAUAAGCAUAUCAGACCGGUGGAAUCUCGCGAUAAAAGUGAUGUAUGUCGGUGGAAUAACGGAGCAUCGCGCCAAGAGCGGCUGAUACAAACCGCUCGCAACCGCGAACAAAUUUCCCACGAGUCGCUUUUUAACGGCCAUCGGAUGUCAAACGUCUCUUCCUUCGGUUACUCUUUUCCAACGCGCCACUAUUUCAACGUCACGGACGUAUUUAUUACGCAUCGUGGUAACGUUCGCGCGUCAUUUUUCUCCGACUCGUAGACUUUUGCUCAUUUUUCCAAGUAACGUAGCCGACGACGACGCGUCGCUUAUCGCGCAACGCAUACGCGUUCGUUCGGCGGUUCCACUUCGCUGAAAAACGUUCGCGCGAUAAAAAUUGAAGCAAACGCGCGCGAUCUCGGCGGUAGGAAGCGCCGUCGUUUAGAAAAACGGCCAGACAACCUGAUCAGACGCGUAAAUGUCUAGAAUGUACGAACUUGUCGAAUGCAAAUUUGGCGACUUUUUCCAAAGAUGUUGAUGAAUACGGAAUCGCGAAGUUGCCGGUAGCUUGCGGCAACGGUAAUGGAAGAUCGGCGCGGUGGCGAAGCUGCAGUCGGAAACUCGGAAACGUUUCAUCAAGCAACCGAGAUCUCCUUUUACGGUGACCUAUCCAGCUACCAGCUGCUAUCUCCGCGUUCCUACUUGUAAUCUCGCCUCCUUUAUAUCUUCUUUGUUAUCAGCAGCCAGCGAAAGGAGGAAGAAUCGAACGUGGAUUUUGCGAACGAAACUUGACUGAGAGACCUCCAUACGUAACAUCGUCGGGCUACUUCGUACACGUCGUGGUUUCUCUCUUUUCGUUCCUUCUUCGUCGUUCGAACGAUAGAGAUCCUCUUGCCGAUGAGAAUCGAACAGCUGAGCCUUCAGGGAUUAAAAUUUAAUUUGCUUGUACGCGUCGUACGCUUGUGGCUUCGUCUCUGUGGAAAGUUGGUGGCGCGGAUUCGACGAUUAAAAAGAUUCGUUUGGGAAAGUAUGGCUCGCGUAGUUGGAGCGAUCGGUAUCGAGCUAAAGUUCGCGACGAAUCGGAGGAUUAGCAGGAUCGUGAAGUUUCCGCUUAUACGUCGAUCAAAAUUCGUGCGACAUGUACUGACAAAGAACACGACCAAUACUUUUAGGAGCUUCGUAUCACGUUCGGCGAACCGUCAAACAAAAUUCUUCCGUGGUGAACAAAGGGAACGUUCCAAGUUUCCAGAGCCAACGACCUUCCUCCACAAAUUCGUAACGUCGUAAGUUUCGAGGUUAUGCGAUGCAAAGUGAAGCCGACGAAAUUUCGUAAGUUCGUAAACGGGCUCGUGGUAAAUCGCACAGAAAUCGCCGUGUUCGCGUUUGAGAAAAGAUCGGCGCAACCCGAAUUUUCCGCCGGCUGUUUCAUAAUCGCGCCACCACGUAGAUUGGCCGAGUCUGUCGAAGAACCUUUUGUCGUUCGGCUUCCCAUUUCUGCCAGAUCUCGCUCUUCGUCUCGAUGAAGUAUCGGAAGCAGGAGACUCGAAUCGAAAACUGAGAGCAACGAUGAAGAGAGGAACGAGGUGUGUCGCGCAGACCAUCAACUUGUCCAAUCCGGAGACAUGCGUAAGACCAAAGAGGAUUCAGAAGCUCGUUCAUGCAGACAUGAUGCAGCCUUGUCCGAGCAUAGUGGCUGGAGGCUCGUCUUAUUGGACUCCGAGACCGGUGCCCAUUAAAAUCUGCACGCGGAAAGACAUGCAAAGAACUUGUCCGCCAAAGCUCUGCGAGUGUCCGCAGAAGACAUCGCCAAAGACGUCGGGUUACAAAUUCUGUAACAUUCUGCUCUUCCUCGUGAAAAGUAGCAUCGCGGCUGGUCUCGUUUAUUGGACGCAUACCGAGGGCUUGUGGGGUAGCAGCGCCGACGUCGAGGACCUGUACCGCAGGAUAAUGGCCACGAUCGUUCCCACUUUGGACAACAGAGAAAUCGAAUUGCCUCGCAUAAACGAUUUCAAGAACACGAUGAUACAGAAGUACAACUACGCCUUGUUUACCAUAAUGAACUGUAUCGUGAGCGCGUCGACGAUGCUGCGCAAGCAGCUUCAACGUAUGUUGGUCGACGUCGAACCAGCCAAGGUCGAGCCAUCCAACGUCGAAUCUUCCGACGAUACGACGGAUACCGAAGAGGAAAGUUAACACUCGCGCCAUUGUUAAAUCAUACAAGACAAAUCCCUUGUGUAGUGUUGUUUGCCCUCGUCUCGUCAGUUUAAGAAGUGCUAAUGCACGAAUAAAUUCGUAAAACACUGGCUCUGCUCUAUCAUGGAGAAUACGACUACUUGCGUCAAGAGGUGACUGCGACAACGGUGUUCAAGAUGUUCACGCUGGUUUCGUUGAGGACGUUGGCAAAGAUGUUCUCGAGAUGUUGCUUCACGAUCGUCGAUGGAUAAAUCAAACUUUGGAUUUCCAUCGGCUUGGUUUUAUCGGAACAGCCGGAGAAGGCAGGCGGGAAAGGAGAGACAGAAACGGUAACGCGGCCGAAGGAAAGUGGGCUCGAACGAAGUACGUCACGUC